CAUGCGCAGAAACGUCGAGCGCUCAAUGAAAGCUGGCUAGUUUGCUAGUGUUGUUUUGUUCGCCUGGCUUGUUGGAUCGUGUCGGCGGUGUGUUGUUUGCGUCUUCAUUUCUAUCAUAGUGCGACCUGCAGAAUGAGCAAAUCUAGUUAUAAAUCGGUCGGCGGUGGAAGUACAGAGGAACUCGAUAAGGUUGACAUGUCUUUAGAUGAUAUUAUCCGGCUGAACAAAAAGCAGAAACAAUUCCAGGCCCAGACGCCAAAGCGCAGACUCCCGGUGAAAGGUCGCUUCUCUCAGGGGAAGAAAACUGGGCCAAGAGCUGCAGUGCCAUCUAUAAGAGGAGGUGUUGUGAACAAACGCUUCACUCGAAACCGCAAGCUUCCUCCCACGGUGGCCAGGCGUCGUGGGCAGGGGGUCAUCACUGGUUUAGCUGCGAGAAAAAAUGCCGUCCUGUUUAAAGGGAUCAGUCCGCUCAACCGACCCGUCCAGAACAGACCCACUCAGAACCGACAGGUGCCCAACAGAGCAGCUGUCAACCAGAGAUCUCAGCCGUUUGUCCAGCGGCGACAGAUGCCGAUCCAGAGGAGACCAAACAGACAGAUGGACUCUCAGAAACCCCAGAGCUCAGUUUCUUACAAACCAUUUCGGCUUCACAGGAAAUGGAAUGCUCCGACUGCUCAGCAAACACAGAGAGAAGCACGACAGGCCACUUUCCUCUUCAGAAGAGGACUCAAAGUUCAUACACAAGUUCAGAAGACAAAGUCUGCUCAACCCACACAGAGAACACGCUCGUGGCGCACUCCUACAAACAACAGUGGCAUCCUCACUGUGUCAAUAGACAACCCCACAGCGAGAACACAGCCUGAGCCCGCUCAGUCCUGGUCCCUGCACCCCGUGACUCCAGCGCGCUCCUCACCCCCUCAAGAGGAGCCGGAGAGGAAACCUCCUAAAGGUGUCGCCCUGCAGUUUGAUAUCAACAGUGUUGGGAAACAGACUGGAAUGACCCUCAACGAGCGGUUCCGCAUCCUGAAGGACCAGCGUGUGGCGGCAACACAGCAGAGCAGCAAAGGAGGCCGGUUCGUCACUGUGGCUUAGAGCUGAACCCUGAGACACUCGGUUCCUGAUCACACACACUCAACAAUCCUGCAGGACAGAACAGCUGAACUGACGCUGUUCAUGACUCAAAGUGAUUCGCCCUAAUGGAGGAGACUUCAUCAGAAAGUGGAUAUGCUGGUUCUCUGGAAAAGGAGACGUUGGGGAGACUGAGACUGAUUUUCUGUUUUUUAGUUUAUUUUUCUAAAAAGCUGCCAUUCUGUCUUCACAAAGCAAGUAUUAACUGUUGUCCCUGAGUUUCAGUUAUGUUGUGUCGUCUCCUGAACUGCCCUUGCUAUGUGAUGGCGUCCUGUUUUUUUUUUAUAUAUAUAUAUAUGUAUAUGCAUAAAGUUGCAGCUCUAUGACUUUAAACGUUUCUGGAUAGACUUGGUUUUUCACAAAGCAGCUGUAUGAAACAGAACAUUCUUUUUGUAGAGCAAAAAAGACUGUUUUAAGAUGUUUUAUAUUAUUUCAAUUAAAAAACAUUGUGCAACAUGUCUCAUUUUUGAUAACCAGAUUCCUAUUAAUGAUAAAUUAUAUAUUAAUGAUAAUGACACUUUAAAUGCAUUCUUUGUAAGAGCUAAUCUUAAAACAAACAUUUAGUUUUCUGUACUUGAUGCGUAAGUUCAUUAAUUUGUUAUUUGUGACCCUGGACCACAAACCAUGGGUCAAUUUUUUUAAAUAGAGUUUGUAUAUGGUUUGUUGUGAUAGAACUAUUUGAAAAUCUGUAAUCUGAGUCAAAUAUUGAGAAAAUUGCCUUUAAAUUUAAAGUGCUUAGCAAUGCAUAUUACUAAUUGGAAAAAGAAAAAUUGCUAAUUUUGACCCAUUUUUGGCUGCUGCUACAAAUAUACCUGCGACAGUCAUGACUGGUUUUGUGGUCCAGGGUCACAUUUGAACUUUUAAUAGUGGUUCAUUUAGGUUGGCAAUGGGGAAAAUACAACAAUGCAAUUAAACAGUGCAAUACAGGUGAAAUAUUACUCCUUUGCAUCUAAAUUAAAUUUGACACUAUAAAUGGGGUACAGGAAAAAUGUGUAUAAAUUUCUAAAUAUAGAAUUAAUAAAACAUGAAUGUUAAAUGUAUUUGUAAGAGCCAAUCUUAAAACAAAAUGUAGUUUUCUGUGCUUGGUGUAAAUUCAUUGCAUUUAAAAUGAAUUAUUUAAAAUUUUAAUAGUGGUUCAUUUCUAUUUAGUAAAAAUACUUGAGGAGAAAAUAAUGUGUAAUACAGGUGAAAUAUUACUCAUUUGCAUCUAAAUUUAGUUGUUGACACUACAAAUGGGGUGGAGGGAAAAUGUCUAUACCGUUCUAAAUAUAAAAUCCAUAUAUAACAUUAAAUAUUGUUACAUGUAUUCUUAAUUCAGAAGUACUUUAUGGGGAAAAACACAACUACAAUACAAUUAAAUGGUGUAAUACAGAUUAAAUUUUACUCAUUUGUUUCUGAAUUUAGCUUUUGACUAUGUAGCUGGAUCAUAUGGAAACAACUGAUGUUUAGGCUGUAUUUCACCUCAAAAUAAAUUUGGGGUGGAGGAAAAGUGUACAAAAUAAAUAUAUAAAAUUCUUUAAAAAACAAACAAAAAAAAGCAGCAAUGUUUGUAUCCAGUUAUUUGACUGUCUUUCAUAGCAACCGCAUAAAUCUGGUACGAUGGCUAAAACUCUGUAUUUUUUCCUUUAUAAUUCAACCCAUCAGGGGGGUCUUUUUUGUGCCUUGUGUUCAUGUUGUAGUCUUGCAACAUAUAACAGUAUGUGUCAGUAGCCCACACAUCAAGGUAGAUCCGUCCUGUUUCCUCUCAAUGUGGGGAAGUCACUGCCUACGGUCAAAUCAUGUGAGCCUUCAAGUGUGAAAAUAAUUAUCACGGUGCAUAAAGCUGAACCAAGAGCAUCGCAGACAAUUUCACACCCCGUUUCUAGAGUGCGCUGAUACAAAUACUCCCAAACAGUUUUGUAAUUUGAAUAUUGCAUUUAUUUAAAUACAUUAAAAUUUGCAAUGUAACAAAACUAUUGGCAUAUGAAAUUCAAACACCAUUUAAAUGAACGAAACAUGGCUCACUUCAUUUUCUGUGGCUAGUGCCGUCUCAUACACACUAGUCUGUUUUAUCUCCUCACUAACGACCUCCAUAUCUCCUUCCCCCGCCGACACUAUUCACAGACUACUUACAAUACGAGUGCCCAAUACAAAUGAGGUAAGAAAGUGGUUUGACUUUUACAGAUCAUGCAGAACAUGCCUAGAAGCAACAAAAAAGGUUGUUGUGAGGAACAAAAAAAAAAAUAAAGUACAUAGAGUGUGCAUAACAAAACAUAAAAAAAAAAAAAAAUGAAA